AUGAGUUCACAAAUUCAUCAGAAUUAUUCCACCCAGGUGGCGGCUGCGGUCAACCGCCUGGCCAACCUGCAUCUGCCGGCCGCCCACACCUACCUCUCUCUGGGCUUCUAUUUCUACCUGGAUGAUGUGGCUUUCGAGGGCAUGGGCCGCUUCUUCCGUGAGUUGGAAGAAGCAUCUCUAAAGUUGCAAAACAAGCGUGGUGGCCGCAUUCUCUUCCAGGACGUGCUGACGCCAUCUCUGGCCUUGAAGAGGAGCCUGAACCAGGCCCUUUUGGAGCUGCAGGCCCUGAGUUCUAGCCACACAGACCCUCAGCUCUACUUCCUGGUACUCCUAAUGGACCGGAAGCAUGAGCACCACACAGAGCUGGUCAUGGAUGCAGAAUCUCAGGCUCCUCCCCAGACCCCAGGACCAGAAUAG